CUCCGAGAGAUAAUCCGUCAUCUGCAUUCGCGCAUCCCGCGGCAUAGCACUUGUGGCUUGCGUGGAAGGGAAAUAACCCACUGGUGUCUCCACACGAAACCUAAGGAACGGUUCUGGUGUGGCUUUUGCCUUAACACGUACCGAUUCGGCUUCUUUUUAUUCAUGCCAGUCACGUUUGGCUGCGUGACGCCGGCUCUCUGACAACACCCCCGUGGCUGAUCUCCAGUGGACGUGAGGAAAGAGCGCUGGAGAGCCGACGGAUCCCUGCUCAAACUGAACACGCGUCCUGCGGCUUGGAGACGCCCAAGGGACACGGUGCAGAGAAGCAGAAGGAGAAGGAGAAGGGUGGAGGACAUGGAGGUUCCGAGCUUGGGACGCGGCGUCGGUAGCGCCAGGAGCCCGUGUGAGGACAUGAUCAAGAACGUAAGUUUGGAGGCACAGCUCUGCGAAAGAGAAGAGAAUAAGUCCCAGAACAGUGGGAUUGCCAGGAUGGAGGAGCUACCAGUUCCACAAAACAUUAAAAUAAACAACAUCACGUGUGACUCCUUCAAGAUAACUUGGGACAUGGACUCAAAAGCCAAGGAGCGCAUCACUCACUACUUCAUCGACCUGAACAAAAAAGAAAACAAGAACUCCAAUAAGUUCAAGCACAAGGAUGUUCCAACAAAAUUGGUGGCCAAAGCUGUCCCACUGCCCAUGACCGUGAGGGGCCACUGGUUCCUGAGCCCACGCACAGAGUACACAGUGGCUGUGCAGACAGCCUCCAAGCAGAGCGACGGGGACUACGCUGUGUCUGAGUGGAGUGAGAUCAUCGAGUUCUGCACUGCUGAUUACUCCUCUGUGCACCUCACACAGUUACUUGAGAAGGCAGAAGUGAUUGCAGGCAGAAUGCUGAAAUUUUCUGUGUUCUACCGCAAUCAAAAUAAAGAAUACUUUGACAGAGCAAGGGAAGUCCACGGCAACAAGAUGCUUCCCACUGUGAAAGACAAGAGUGGCAGUCAUGGCUCACCCAUCAGUGGCAAGUUGGAGGGCAUCUUCUUCAGCUGUAACACUGAGUUCAACACAGGCAAACCCCCCCAGGACUCCCCGUACGGCAGGCACAGGUUCGAGGUCCCGGCUGAGGUGUUAUUCAACCAAAAGAGCAACCUGUACUUCGGAGACUUCUACUGCAUGUACACAGCUUACCACUAUGUCAUUCUGGUGCUGGCGCCCGCUGACUCACCAGGUGAUGAGUUCUGUAAGCAGCGCCUGCCCGCACUGGACAUCACCAGCAACAAAUUCCUGACAUGCACUGAGGAAGAGGGAGGCCAGCUGGUGUUCCACCAUGCCCAGGACGUCAUCCUGGAGGUCAUUUAUACUGACCCGGUGGACUUGGCCCUGGGAACUGUUUCUGAGAUCAGUGGACACCAGCUGAUGAGCCUGUCCACGUUCAACGCAAAGAAGGACCCCAGCUGCAAGACGUGCAACAUCAGCGUGGGCCGCUAACUCCUCCUACAUAGUCCUUUGGAAAACGCAGACAGACGGUCUGACCCCUUUAAUGUUCCAUUCAACCCGAUCCAGAUUUGCAGCAUGUCUUCUACAUUUUACAUUUUAUUCAGUACCAAACUCUUUGUUUAAAAGUUAUAUUUUUAAAUACAAUACA